AUGGAUAGACUCUAUUCCACAAUGACUAUGCAUGGAAUGAAGUCCCCGGCUGGCGUGGGUUUUUCGUAUUCAAACACAACUUCUGAUUCUUUGAAAAUUGGAGACAAGAGAACAACAGAAGAUUCUUACGCUUUUGUUAUACACUGGCUUGAGAGAUUCCCCCAGUACAAGACACGAGACUUCUUUAUAACUGGAGAGAGCUAUGCCGGUCGUUAUGUGCCCCAGCUUGCUCAUAUCAUCCUAUCAAGGAACAAUAAUAACACGAACCAAACAAUCAUUAAUCUCAAGGGCAUUGCAAUGGGCAAUGCUUGGAUAGAUGAUAAUACCAACACAAAGGGAAUUAGUGCGACUAUAUUACUGGAAAUUUUUCAGAUACGUGCAAUCAAUAUCAAAAUCAAGGAGACUACGAAUAUGGAAAUAUUGACAUCUACAACAUUUAUGCUCCACUUUGCCAUUCAUCGGGAAGCAAACCUGGUCCCCCUGGUUCUGAGUUUUGGCUGGAUAGAUAGGCCAACAACCAUUCUACCCACAAUAAAGCAGAUCAUGGCAAGUGGUAUCAUUAAUACUCUUCUGACACAAACGAAAGCCUUAGAAGCAGGAGAAGAACUUGGCCAUUUCACUGGGGGCAGAUUGAAUGCAUUAAAGAGCUAUAAGGAAUAAUUUGAACUUGUUUUUGAAGACUGCGAAGCUGGUCUGUGUUGCUGGAUUGAAAAAUCUUGGAUGUCAUGGAGCAUUGGAUUAUUUUUGUAAGGAGGAGGUGGUUGGAUAUGAAGCAGUUGCAUGGAGCUUGCUUGAGGCUGGGUGCUGACAUGAGACAUUAAAUGUAAUUAGAGA